UCUGAAAAUGCAGAUGUUACUUCUUUAGCCAUCUUCCGGUGUCCACAGUUAGCAGCAAUGGCUCGCCUGCUACCGCUUAAUGUUGCUGUUAUUUCCAUUGUUUUGUUAUUUAUAUGCGCAAAUUUAGUAUCAUGUAAUAACGGCCGAAGGGUCGGUGAUCCGUUGGAGGCCGAACUCAGUGGAUUCUCGGUGCCGCUUGAACACUCGUUUGAACUCGAUGAUGUUGCAAAGUUUCAGUCGCGUGGAUCCUUGCUGCUGAAAACGGGUCGGGAGCCAAGCGUCUCUCUAACUCAGAACCAGCUGUCAGAAGACGACCGCUCCAAGCUGAAGGAAGUGGCUGCAGUCGACGGCCUGUACAGAAUCCGAGUGCCUCGGGUUUCCCUGCAGGCGGACAGACAGACGGAGUGGCAGGUGGACGGUUACCUCAUAGCGUUUGUCAGAGCCUGUGCGAUGGUUGAGUCCCACCUGAGCGACGUGAUCACGCUCCACACCGACGUGUCGGGAUACCUGAUCGGCGUCUCCAUAGUAACCUUACCUGGAGCCUGCAGAGGUGCCGAGGUCGAGGAUGAAGUCGACCUGGAGGUUUACAACACAACUCUGAGCAUCAUGGCUCCUGUAAACGCUCCAGGACCGGAGACGGCUCUGUUCCUGGAACGGAUGGAACAAGAAUCUGAGAAGAAAGGAAAGAAUCCACAAGAGCAGAAAUCGUUCUUCGCCAAAUACCUUCUGCAGAGACGGAGGAAGCAUGAAGCGCAUCGGCUGCUUUUGGCUAAAAUAACAGAAUGCUUUCUGUUUUUCCAGCCUGUCUUGUUAAUUGGAUGUACAUCGUGCCUCUCGUUCUUUUCCUGAUGAUGUCAGGCGCCCAGGACCAAUCAGGCGGCGGCGCUGGGGGUGGAGCCGCCAACGGAGGUGGUCGAUGAUCAGCUGAUUGUUUCUGUUUUGUUUUUUUUCCAGUAUCAUUCACUGAAUAAUAAUUCUCAGUUUUUAUCUGCUGUACAUAAAGCUAUUUAAGGAGGAACAUAUUUGUUGUGCAUCUAAAAUCUGUACAGUAAAGAGGAAACUUUGACCUGCAGGCGACUGCACUUUUACUACUAAUGUGGAAAAUAAAGUAUUUAUUACUUUA